AUGGCGGACUUCACUGUUGAUCAAAGUGCUAUUGUUCAGUUAAUAGAACUGGGUGUGCCUGCAAGUAGGGCGAAAGAAGCUUUAAUGAAAUAUAACAAUAACGUUAACCAUGCAGCAAAUUAUUAUUUCGAAAACCCGGGUACUGAUCCUGAAGAAACACCUCAUUUAGCUCCGUUAACAUCGGACGAAAGUACUUCUACAGAAUGGAAUAAUAUAAGUACGUGGAAUCAAGAUUCAACAACCAAUCAUACAUUAGGAUCCGGGCUCUCUAAUAUAAUGGAUACAACCGUAAAUGAUUCGAAGACAACCAGUAAUAACGAUCAAGAAAUGCAAAAUGCAAUUAAUGCUUCCAUAAUAGAAUCCAACAAAGAAUCUUUAACUAGAGCGCUAAACGAAAGCAUGCAAUCAGAUAACAUGAUGCAAUUAGUUAAAUAUAAUAAUAAUAAGGAUGACAAUGAUCCACAGAGUAUUCAAGAAAGUUAUCAUAAUGAAAAUCGGACAUGGACUGAUCCAGAACAACCUUCGAAGCGUGUGAAAUUAGAUACAGCUCCUAUCGGUUUGAGACCUUCAAACUCAUAUCAUUACGCUAAUUCAUUCCUUCAAGCUUUAUUUCACUUACCAAUCUUUCGAUUAUCAUUAUUGGCAUUUCGACCAACCAAAAAUGAAUGGGGUGAAAUUGAGGGAUAUUGGAAAGGCAAAAAUAAAAAAACCUAUGAUAAUCAUUUUGGUCAUCGAGGUGCAACAGAAAAUUCGGGUAUUAUGAAUCGACAGUCAGCCUUAAAGUUUAUUCAUGAAUUUCAAAAACUUUUUGGCUUUCUUUCUCUAAGUCGAAGAUCAUAUGGGGAUUCAAGUUUAUUAUUAGAUGCUUUAAAUUUUGAGGAAAAAACUGAUAGCUGGGGAGAUAGUGAUCCCGUUGGGUUCAAAUUUAUCACUAAAUUGCUCAAAUAUUUACGUACCGGAUCAGUUUAUCGAGAUCAAUUUAAUGUUGAACAAAAAAUUCCAGACAAUAUGACUACAUAUAAUCUGAAUUUUGAUAGGUUGUUCAAAUCUUACGCUAAAGAUGGAGUUUCAAGAAAAUUUGAAAUAACAACCACCAAUAAUACAAUUUAUGCUGCAUUAGACCAAUUAGUACAAGAAUCCAGUAAAGGAAAUUCGCGAAAAUACUUCACUGAGCUUGCUCACAUUCUCAUUAUGAAUUUAAAACAUCGCAGUGAUAAUUACUCUUCUUUUAUGGAUUCGUCUUUCCAAAUACAAAAGGAUAUACACAUGGAUCGUUAUUUGUCAGAGAAUAGUGAAAAUGUAGAGGAGAGAAUGAAUCAAAUUGAAAAUAUGAAACGGGAACUCGAAGAAACAAUUCAACAAAUUGACAAGAUUAUUAAAUUCCAGGGAAAGCAUAACGGUUUAGAACUACUUAAAGGUUCAAUUGACCAUUUUCGAUGGAAAUGUGAUAAAACUAAUGAUGAUGAAAGUGAUUCGAAAGGUAAUUCACAACGAACACUGACUUGGUUAGAGGGUAUCUUGAACAAAGUAGAACAAAAAUUAAAUGCUUUACUUCAAAAAAAGGAUGAAUUAGAACGGAGGAUAAAAAAUGCUUUUAAUACUCCUGAUAUGGUGAAAUGUCUUUAUAGCCUUAAAUCAAUUCUAGUUUAUGACGGACAAAGACAACACUGGGCAUAUAUAUGGGUUUCAAAAGAUCGAAAAAAAGAUAAGGAUCAUUUUAGUACGACUGAUGAUGGUAGAUGGAUAAAAUUUAUGGAUACAAAUGUUGAAGCAAUUGAUGAAAGUGUAAUAUAUAAUGAGAUCAUCAAUUAUCGUUCGAAUAUUGUACAUACACUCAUUUAUGUUGAUUCUAUGGUUGAUGUUAAUUUCUCAAAUAUUACAGAUGUGAUUCCUAUUUCUCUAAAGGAAUUUGUAGAGAAAGAUAAUCUUGAAAUUAUUUUGAAUCAAGCAAUUAGACUCGAGAGCCGUGAUCCAAAGAUACUUAGAAGGAUAGAAUUUUUCUGUGCUAAAGUGGAAUGUCCCAAUAUAAUAGAAGUACUUCUGAUUAAUUAUAAAACUGGUGCUCUAAAUUUGGCAUGGGAUGAACCAAUUCCUUUCCACGAUGGUUAUUAUACCGAUCCUCGAUUCACCAAUGUAAUCAAAGCUUACGAUCAAUUUAAAAAUAUAACUCGAUAUAUCAUCGAAGGACUUGAACAAUCACUUCAAGAUUCAUAUUCACAAGCAUUAGGAUAUUUCUGUCAGGCAAUUAAAUUGGAAAAAUUAUGGAUAAAAGAGAUCGCAGAAACAAAUGCUGAUGAUGAUAAUGCGCCUAAGAUGAAUGCAAAAAAUUUAGCACGUUCGGAUUUCAUUCUUAAACUUGCUAAAGUUUGUUUAACGGUCGCCAAUAAUCCAGCAUUCGUAUCUGGCGCAGCCGAUUCUGCAUUGUUUGUGCUGAAAGUGUGUUUAGACUUAUUCGAAAUCAAGGCCUGUAGUAAAGAUAAACUUAUUGAUGACCAGUGGAAAGAAUGGGUUACCAUUAACAGUGCCAUGCAAUAUCAACAAGUGGAUCAAAACACACUUGAUAAAUUAAGGUUGUUGGUAGAAAGUUUGGCUUCGGUAAGGAAGGAAAUUCUUCCGGAUUUACCAUCAGGUCUUGGAAAUGAGUAUCUUCAUGUGGAUAGCUUGAAUAACUUUAAUAAGGAUGAAGAUUUGUAUCAACGUUAUAGCGAAUGUUUGAAAAAAUGUAAACAAAUUCCUAAUUUUUCAAAAAUCCUGUAA